AUGCUGGCCUCGCUCGCAGCAAAGGCAGUCACAGCAGUGACCUCGCCCAUCAAAUCCGUCUUCGCUUACUCGCCCGCUCCCCCUUCCCCCGCUCCGCGACCGCCCCUCCUCGACGCCGCAGAGACGCGUCUCGGAAAACGCUCACAGAGGGAGGAAUCGGUCGAAUCGGCUCUGACGGAGCUCUCGGAGGACGGAGGACACGGAGCGGACGCGGUCGAGCCGGAAGAACGAGCGAGUUCCGCAAAGAAGCCUCGUUUGGCGGUCAAGGAGGACGUGAACGAGGGACAACAACAACUGCCGACGCCGUCUCCGUCGCGCUCGUCGGGUUCUUCAGAGCCUGCUGCAUUCGAGGCUGCGCCGCCGAAGCGCGCAAGGACGACGCGCGCCGGCAAGGCGGAUGGAGAGGACGAGGAGGACGACCCUUCGCUCGGCAAAGACGGGAAGCACUACUACGUCGCGGGGCUGUACUGGUCGUCCGACGUGCCUGUGCAGAAGCGCUCGUCGUCCGCCGCCUCGGAAGACGUCGAGAUCAGCGAGUCGGGCGCACGGAACUGGCGCUCGAUUGUCCCUUCUCGCUCGACUGCACUCCCUCCGCCCAUCCACCACGCCAUCACUCUCCUCUCGCCCUCCAUCGACGACGAUGCCCCCACACCCUUCCGUCUGCCCUUCGAUAUCCUCCGCGACUUCUGGUUCGUCGAGGAGGCCAAGAACAGGAAGGGAAAGGGACGGGUCGGGGAGAGUGCGGCGGCUGCCAAGGCUAGGCGCGAGGGGAAAGGAGGGGUCAAGACGACGGAGGAGGACAUCGAGAAGCGCGAGAAGAGCAAGAAGCCUGAGCCGUAUCGCUAUAUCGGCAAGAACGUCUAUGUCGGCCGCGGACCCGACAAGGCGCCCAUCCCCGCCAUCUGCGCCUGCACGCCUCCAAAACGACCAGGCGAGAUGGGCUGCGGCGUCGACUGCAUCAACCGGCUGAUGCAGUAUUGCUGCGACCCGAAGCUGUGUCCCUGCGGUCCGGACAAGUGCGCGAACCCGCCGCUCAACAAGCGCGAGGGUAUUCCCGAAGGCAAGGACGGUUUGAGGGUCAUCUGGGCUUCGACGUUCUCCCGUGAGUCGAAGCUGAUGGGCAUCAGCGAGCAUCUCGCACAGACUGGGAAUCGAGGGUUCGGGCUCAAGACGAUGGUGCCGAUCAAGCAGGGCGACUUUGUCAUCGAGUACCGUGGCGAGAUCAUCUCGCGCGACGAGAGCUACCGCCGUGUCCUCACGACCUACGCAGACAAGACUUCCUAUUACUUCAUGGACUACGACGGACACGAAGUCGUCGAUGCCGGACAGCGAGGGAACGCAGCGCGGUUUAUCAACCAUUCGUGUGGUCCGAACUUGGAGGUUGUGAGGUGGCGGCUGGCGGGUGUUGAGGAGUAUCAGAUGGGCUUGUUCGCGCUCCACGAUAUCCCCGCCGGGACCGAGUUGACCUACGACUACGGCUGGCAAGACUUUGCCGCUCUUGCUCCCCCUACUCUUCCCUCCACCAACCUCCUCCCUACCCCUGCCCCGACCUCAACCUCCACCACUCCAACUCCUACUACCACUACCGCCAGCGCGACCAACGAAUCCACUAUCCUCCUCUCCACCGGCACCGCCAUCGAUCCCUCCCAUCAGAGGUGUUACUGUGGUGCGGCGGAGUGUUCGGGCUUCCUUGGUGGGAGGGCGAAGGGCAAGAGCAAGAAGAAGGGGAAGGCGAAGCCUGCGCUUGAGCCGAAGGAAGAGCAAGAAGAGGUAGGGAGGAAAGAGCUUGGCUUUGUGCAGGCCAAGAUCCGCGUCGUGGACCACCAGCGCCGAGCGUCAGGAGCAGGUGGAGGGACACCGAUGAGGAGCGGGAGGGAGGCGGCGAGGAGGGCGAACGAGAAGUUGGUCGCUUCCGGAUGA